CCGGGACGAGGAGCGGGGGAAGGAGCGGACCGGGCAUGGAGAUGCCUCCGCAGCCCUCCUGAGCGGGGCCAUCGGCUCCGACCCCGACACUGACCCCCGGCACCGACCCCCAGCUCGGCAUCGCCCGGGCGAUGGCGAACCUCACGAUCCCUCCAGCCUGGACCAGAGUCAUCAACAGCUCCCUGGACCCGGGUGGCACAGAUGACAACCCCUACAAGUGCGUAUUUGAUGAGGACUUCAAGUACGUCCUGCUGCCCGUCUCCUACGGCAUCGUGUGCGUGGUGGGGCUCUUCCUCAACCUGCUGGCCCUCUACGCCUUCAUCUUCAGGAUCAAGACCUGGAACGCCUCCACCACCUACAUGUUCAACCUGGCCAUCUCGGACACGCUCUACGUGGUGUCGCUGCCCCUCCUGGUGUACUACUACGCCAUGGGGGACAACUGGCCCUUCAGCGUGGGCCUGUGCAAGAUCGUGCGCUUCCUGUUCUACACCAACCUCUACUGCAGCAUCCUCUUCCUGCUCUGCAUCAGCGUCCACCGCUUCCUGGGCAUCUGCUUCCCGCUGCGCUCGCUGCAGUGGGGGCACGUGCGGCACGCCCGGCGCGUGUCGGCGGCCGUGUGGGCCGUGACCGUCGCCUGCCAGUCGCCCGUGCUCUUCUUCGUCACCACCAGCGCCAAGGGCGACACCAUCACCUGCCACGACACCUCCAGCAAGGACCUCUUCGGCCAGUUCGUCAUCUACAGCUCGGUGAUGCUGGUGCUGCUCUUCUGCAUCCCCUUCCUCGCCAUCAUCGUGUGCUACUGCCUGAUGGCGCGGCGGCUGCUGCAGCCCACACGCGGCAUCUCCCGCCUUUCCCGCUCCAAGAAGAAGUCGGUCAAGAUGAUCGUCAUCGUCCUGGUGGUCUUCAUUGUCUGCUUCCUGCCUUUCCACGUCACUCGUACCCUCUACUACUCCUUCCGGAGCUGGGACCUGAGCUGCCAGACCCUCAACGCCAUCAACUUGGCCUACAAGGUGACCCGGCCCCUGGCCAGCACCAACAGCUGCCUGGACCCCAUCCUGUACUUCUUGGCAGGGCAGCGGUUCAUGAAGUUCAGGGGGAACAAAAUGCUGGGCAAGCCCCAGAACGAGGUGGCGCUGGGCAUCGUGCCCAACAGCCACCUGGGAACCAGCAAUGACACGGACACGUUGUCCAAGGAUCUGAAAUCCUAGAAAUCCUGGCUCUGCUCCGGCAGCGGGAGGGUUUAUCCCAGGGUGUGGAGGGAGCUCGGGAUGCUCCGGGGCCGGAGGCUUUGGGUGUUUGCAGUGCCUGGCCGAGCACCUGCUCCAGCGUGGACGGCGUUCAGCGUGCUCCUCUGCUUGUUGCUGUUCCAAAUGUGUAUUUUUCGGGAAGAUGAAGCCGUGGUUCCACACACAAACCCUGGAUCUCUGCCUCAUCAUCCAAACCUGCCCCUCUGUUGGGGCAUCUCCCCACCCGUGAGGUCGGGUGACCGAAUCUGCUAAAAAAGUCACGCCCUGAAUGCCUUAAAGGAUUUUUUCUAAAGCAAAAACGCUGUGUGGGAAAGGUCCCUCCCAAAGGAAUUCCACCUGCGUGUCUCCAGAUCUCCUGGCACAGAGGCAGCAGGAGUUUCUCUGUGCCUUGGCCACGGAGGAAGGGCUUUGGGUCCGUGAGGAGCUGUGGUUCUGCUAAACAGGUUCACGAAAAUGUCAAAAGUGCAAAUAUGCACUGGGAGCUGGAAAGAGUCUCCCAGGGCUUUGCAUCCCUGAAGAAAUGCUCUGCCAGCUUCAAGCCCAGGCACCUGCUGGCUGAGCUGGGAGGGCACUCCUAGUUCCUGUCCAAGGGCUGGCUUCCCAUCAACAAGGGUGCUGAUGGACCUUCCACCCCACUGGAGUUCACUGGCACCAUCAAACAGGUCCCCUGUAGGUUUCUCCAGUGGGGCCAACGUCUUCCAAAAAACCCAUUAGUGCUUCCCAGCAGCAACAUGCACCCUUUAAAAGCUUUUAGGAACCCUUUAGGAGCUUCCUUCCAGCUGCUGACUUUAAUAAUCAUCUCCAGCUCAUUAAAAUUUAAGGUGGGCUCCUC